GGGCUGAUGGGAGUGGUAAACCUGUAGAUGGCUGUUAACGACUGCUGAUGACUGCAAUUGGUCCUGCGGGGGAAAAGCAAGGGCUGAGGCGCUAAAGAAAGCUUGAUCAUGCAUAAUGAGAUAAGAAUCCUAUGUCUUUGUUCAUCCCAGGUGGCUCCAUGGUUUUAAGCUUGGUAAUGAGUUCCAAUUCAGCAACUUCUCUUUCCAGUCUGUUCCUGAAAUUUUUCUGUAAUAAAACAGCUGCUUUGAGAUCUUGUAUAGAAUGUCCUGGGAGAUUGAAGUGUUCUCCUACUGGUUUUUCUGUCUUGUGGUUCCUGAUGUCAGAUUUAUGUCCAUUUAUCCCUUGGCGUAGGGUUUGGCCUGUUUGUCCAAUAUAGAGAGCUGAAGGGCACUGUUGGCAUUUGAUGGCAUACACAAUGUUAGAAGAUGAGCAAUUAAAUAGUCCUGAGAUGGUAUGUUGGAUGUUGUUGGGGCCAGUAAUGAUGUUGUCCAAGUGUAUGUGGCAGCAAAGUUGGCAUCUGGGUUUAUUGCAGGCUCUGGUACCAGUGUCCAUGUUAAGUCUGGUGGUUGUAUUAUUGUGGGUGAGGAGUUGUUUAAGAUUGGGUGGCUGUCUGUAGGCAAUGAAAGGUCUUCCUCCCAGAGCUUGAGAAAGGGAGCUGUCAUUGUCAUUCCACCCCUCUCCUCUCCUCCCCCAACGCUCCCCAGAAUUGGCUCGGGGGGGGGGGGUCGGGAGAACACCCUGUGGGGAUCGUUCUACCUAGCAAGCUGCAAUGCUUACCGUGACAGGACAAUCACCAUAACAUGUUGUUUAAUUCUACCUAAAGCUUUUCAUUCUCAUCACACAAACACUAGAUUAUUAUAUCGUUCACUUUGGCAAAACGUAGUACGGGUUUUGUUCAUUAAAAAGUUUUGAUUGUUAAAUGAAUUCUUUUGCCAGCCUGAUAGGAGGUUUGAAACUCAUGUUGAGGUUCAACAUGAAAGUCAGGUUGGUUUAUGUAAGAUCUCUUCACUCAGCUCUGUAGGUGGGGCAGCCCCAUUCCUAAAGGGGAGUGUUAUGUAAGUUAAUACAGGGAGUUUGCUAACCUGACCUUUACAUAGCUAAUUAUGCAAGUUAACAGAAAAUUUAGUAUGAACACCAGGAAUUAAAUGACAGGCAUAUGUUUUGUUUUCCCAGGAUGUUAGGGAUACAGUGAACAAGGGGGAUACCAAAAGGUGUAAAGCAAACAAAUUAGUUUAUGCUGUAAUUUAGAGAUUAAAAAUUAGUGUGGAGUGAGGAGGUAUCUCAAAAAAAAUUUUAAUAUUGUAUUGCAACACCAAUACAAACAAGAAACAAAAACAGGUUUAAAAGCAAAGUAAGAGUGUGUUACAAUGCAACCAUAGUCAAGCAUUUAGGGAGAGUGAUGCUGAGAAAAAUAUGCAGAACUUUUUUGUUGAAGUCAGUGAGAUAGAGUCCUUAACUUUGUAAAAUAUUUACCAUACUACAUUGUAGAUGUCAUUUUAUAAACUUAUAAAAAUACUUUGUAUACAUGUGAACUUUCUCAAUGGUAGGUUCACAGUUCACCUUUUCAGCAAUGAGCACCCAGUCCUCCUGUGCUCAUCAUAAUAACUGCAGAAUAAACAAAUUCUUACUUUUUACUGCAGGCAUGCUUCCUUAUUGCUGUCUGACUAGAGAACACAACUUACCGAUAAACUGAACAGCAGAGCAAAAGGAGAAUCUGAGGUAGACUAGCCCAUAAUAAAUACAAAGUUCUAAUAUUUAACUCUUCAAGAAUCAGUACAGAAUCGCUUAAGUGAUUACAGGACGAUUGUGAUAAUGAAAAACCCACCCUCAGUCAGGGAAAGUCUUGAGUGAGCAGAAUUUGGGGGGCUCUCCCAGAUGAGGCUUUUGUUGCGCACUUGUCCUGACUUGUUCACUGAAUUUUUCAGAGGUUGUAUUCAUAAAUUGCUCCUGUUCUAGAAGCAAGCUAUCAUUCUUAAAAGGGAGGCUGUCAUGUCACACACAAACACAAUUUCCCCCAAAUCCAGAGAGUGGGGGAACACAGCUUGAGAGGGGAGGUGGUGCAUCAGUUUGCCCCACUGGCUACAGGGGUGUCCUCAUUUGACAGCUGUUAUAUGAGUAUAGUCCUAGUCUGUUUACCAAAGAGAUAGGAAGGAGGUGUGUGUGUGUCAUGAAUAUUACAAAGGAAAGGCAGGAAUUGGGACUAGCAGUAAUGUAGCAGAAGGAAGACAAGUUAUGGGGUUUAGAUGAAGUGAGAUCACUACAGAAAUCCUCGAUUCCUGCCUCUGAUUGGGUUAAAUAUUUCUCCCAACGUAUUUGGUGGGCAAUCUGGGCAAUCACAUUUACCAGCAGUGUGUAAGGAUUUCUCAAACCUACCUGAAUAUGACAACCAGCCUCCUAUAAUAAGAUAAAGGCCCGGUUUCCUGCUUGAAAUAAAAUAAAGCUCCUGGAGAAGAUAAAAGCUUCCACCUGAGCUCUAUAAGGAAUAUGCAGAAUGGUGGGUGCCUAUCCUGACUGGCUUAUUUACCACUAUAAAUAACAUUGGCCAAAUGCCCUCUGGGUGGAAAUUGACUAUCAGUUUCCCGAUUUACAAGAAAAGGAGGUCGGAAUGCUCAACAAACUAUCAGCCAAUUAGCUUGUUAGACAUCUCUGCAAAGGUAUAUUCCCGGUAUCUCCUUCAAAAAUUGUCAGACUGGUUGCAAAGUAACAACAUUAUUCAUGAAGAAUAAGCAGGGUUCAGAGGAAGACACAGUGCAAUUGAUCAGUGCUUUACUCUGAACCAUAUUGUAAGGAAAUAUACAUUGAGAUUGAUCUUUCUGCUGCAUUCGACUCUUAAUUGAAAUAGGCUGUAGGAGAAAUUUCAAUUUGCCAACGUUGGCUGCAGACUUCUGCUAUUGAUCCAAGAACUAUACAGUAACACAGAAAGGAGGGUCAGAGUAGGUUUAAAUGAUGGUAUGACCGAUGCUUUUAAGACUUCGAGAGGAAUGAAGCAAGUUUGCAUUCUGGCUCCCACUAUUUUUAACUUUUAUAGUAAUGAUUUGGUGUCAUAUUUAGCCAAUGCAACCCCCCCCCCCGCUCCAGUAAUUAUGAACAGAAAGAUCUCCAGUCUUGAUACAUAUGGUUUUAGUGCUUCCCUCUUUCUUGAUUGGGCCUCAGAAAUCUCGUGGAGGUGUUCAGCACAUACAGUAAACAGGAAAUCCUAUCUAUAAAUUAAGACCAAGAUUAUUGGUGGUAUUUAGAUCAGAAAACUAUAGAGCAGACUCGUUCAUUUAGAUACCUGGAUCUACCCUUUAGCGAAGGCUUCUCUUGGAAAGUGUCGUAUGGAGGCAGUGCAAGUCAAAGCACACAAACCAUAGGUGCAUUGAUUAAGUUCAGUUACAGUAAAAGAGGGCAGCUGAUGGAACCUGCCCUAAAGAUAACAAAGUGCUUGCUCAAAUGCUUUUUGCCAUUGCAUUGAAAUCUGUGGCACUGAUUCACACGCCAAUAAGGUUUUGGAAACCCUGCAAAAUAUCCCCCCUCCAGAAGCUAUACUCUCUACCAUCAGGAAUAUCAGCAGCUCUUCUCUGGAAAGCAGCUUAUCAAGAUGUUUCAGUCUAUUAUUAUUUUCCAGAACUGAGCUCUGCUUUAACCUUGGCGAUUGACUCAAAGGACCUGCAACUAAUAAGAAACACCAAAUUUUCCCCUUGGUAUCCACGCUUGAGAACACAGCAUUUUAAAGCUAGUUUUUCGACCAAACUCUCACCAGCUUCCUCAGGAAUUGCCUUUAUUGAGCUGUAUGUGAUGCCCACUGCAGUCUUGGAUGGCCAGCUCAAGGAAAUCAGCCCGUAUUUUUGGUCAACCUCAGAUGGAAGACAUCACUAAAACAAUAAACUUAUGAACUUAAAGCCAAACAAUAUGCUAGAACAACAGAUUUGUUCCGAAACUCAGCUUUUAGCAACGUUUUAGGCUGUUGCAGCAAAACCUACAUAAGUUUACUAAGUCUUAUGCUACGUUAAAGACUAACAGAUUUAUUGUGGUGUAAACUUUCAUGGACUACUAGAGCCCACUCUGUCAACUGCAGGAUGAAGCACACAAAAGCUUAUGCCAUAAUGAGUAUUUCAAAUGUCUGACAGGAUACCAGCACAUGCUGUACUGUCACAAACAGACUGAAGUCCAGGAAAACUUUUAUUCACACAAGGAAUAUGUUUCUGUGCACUCGUACCAAUUGUUCAGGAGCAAAUCUCGCCAAAUUCAGUGGGACAUAACUUCCCUUAUGGUCUACUUUUGGUCAUACUGCACAGUGCACAGGCUCUAAAACUGAGAAUUAAUUAUCCCCGCAUGGUCUCUUACUGAUCUUCAGUGUAUGUUUUGACUUGGGAAUCUUCAGUAACAUUCAGUUUGCUGGAGUGAAAGGAUAGUGUUAGGCAGCUUUGUAAAUAGGCCCACCAAACCCCAAAACAAAUCAUUACUAUCCUGUUGUGCUGGAGGCUGGCAGAGGAGGGACAAGAAGAUUACUGCAUUUCUGUCCUGGAUGUGAAAGGAGGGGACUGCCCUCCUCUGGCAGCCCACUUGGUUUCUGUGCUGUGCACAGAAGGAGGGACAGAAUGAGCCACCCAUUCAUUUUCUCCCAGUCUUAUCACUUACCUGUUUGCAUUUCUUGUGGUCCUUGGGCUGCAGCCAUUGCUCUUUCUGAUUCUGCUGCUUUAAAAGCAACCUGACACACAGAUAAAGCAUCACAGCAAGAGAAAAAGUGAUGUGGAAAUGCGUCACUUUCUUAAUUUCUUCAUCUCAGCUGCUGCUAAAAGCAUAGGAGCAAGACUAGGAAAAGGUGGUAGCAAAAUGAGCAUGAAGAAGGGUUUAGUACAGGCACCCCCAAACUGCGGCCCUCCAGAUGUUUUGGCCUACAACUCCCAUGAUCCCUAGCUAACAGGACCAGUGGUCGGGGAAGAUGGGAAUUGUAGUCCAAAACAUCUGGAGGGCCGAAGUUUGGGGAUGCCUGGUUUAGUAGCUGUUGGCAAGUAAUUUGUGACAACCCUGCUUGCUGAGUAACUGACACUGGGUAGCAAGAGGUUAGAAUUUCCUCCCCUGUUUGCAGUAUUCCAUAGGAUUAGGGCCAAAUUCUAAAUGCUGUAACUGUAAUACUAAGCAUUCUUGCUUGGAAGUGAAUAAUUAAACAAUUGGAACUUUCUUUUAAAUAAACACACUCAUUCUAAGGUGAUUUCCAAAUCCUAGAAAUCUGAGUCUGGAUAUGCUAUGCAGGGCAUGCUAGAAAUUGGCAAGUGACAUUGCCUGAGAAGUUGACUCACCAUAGCACAGCCUUGCCCAACCAGCCCUCCAGAUACUUUGGACUACAAGUUCCACCAGUGCAGCUGGGGUAGAUGGGAGUUGUAGUCCAAAACAGCUGGAGGGCACCAGGUUGGGGAGGGGCUCCAUAGUUGGUGGGUAACGAGUGUAGUCAAACGGGACCAUAUGGUUCCUUUUCCUGACUUAUGUCAAGAAACGAGAAAUUCACUUUAAACCACCAAUACCCAUAACGUUCUCUUGAGAAUCAAAGGGACAAGUAUUACUCAGGUGUUUGGGAAAGUUAAUGCACAUGUGUUUGCUGUACGAGGGGCGGGGGGGGCGGAGGGCAAAAUGAACCCUGGCUGUGAAGCUGAUUUUUUUAAAAUUAACAAGUUUAAAUAUAUAUUUAAGGUAGCAAUCCUAUUCACAAUUACUUUACAAUACAUUCCAUUGAACUGAACUGAAUUGAAUAGAUUUGAAGAACAAAACGCCAGCAUUUAUUCCCAAUAAAGAUUGUGUAGUUUUAGCUUUACUCCUUACUGCUGAGUGUAAAAGCAUUAUAUUUCCUUCAAAUCUGGGCUGAAUUCUACAGGCUAAGGGAGAGUGCUUUGUUCUGCCAAAGUUUCAAAAUCUGGGAGAGAAGCAAGGAUUCCCCCUUGUAACUUUUAAAUGUGAAGCAGCAAGAACAGGGACAUUAUGGCACAGCAGCCUGUCAUAGUAGUCUUCCUGCCAACCUAGCAGUUCGAAAGCAUAUCCAAGCGAGUAGAUAAAUAGGUACUGCUGUGUUGGGAAGGUAAACGGAGUUUCUGUGCGCUCUGGCACUCGUUAUGGUGGCCACAUGACCUGGAAAGCUGUCUAUGGACAAACGCCGGCUCCCUUGGCCUGAAAGCGGAGAUGAGCGCUGCACCCUAUAGUCGAAUUUGACUGGACUUUACCAUUUAGAAGUCCUUUACCUUAGGAGUCUCAUCACAUGCUUUGCUGUGUUCUCAGCCUUAAGGAACAAUGACAGCUGAAAGGGCACGUUGUGUAUAAGUGGUUUCACUAUACAAAUAAUGCAAGAGUAAUAGAGGACUGUUAUUUAGUGCCAUGAGCAAAUGUCAAGGCAAGAGAAGUUUUCCAUUGCUUCUUUCUCAACUUUUUGUAGCAUGUGCAAGGGGCAGCUCUUAGGAAAUGCCUCAUAUUUAUAGUAGAAUUAGCAAACAAAUUGUAUAAUGCACAAAUUCGGCUGCCCAGAUUUGAGUGACAAAAACAUUUUCGUUGCUGUAUGUAGGAGCUAAAUGCAAAGUUAAAGGAAUCCCUAAUUACUUGCUGUGGAAAGUGACUGCUUGAAAGAAAUGCUAAUGCAGGGUAACUGCCACAUAAUCUGCCUGCCCAAUUUUAACAGACUUCUGAAAAGUUUUGGCCUCAUGGCAGGUGUGUGGGAUACCUAGAUAUCAUCAGAUUACUUUCUCUUGAUAUCCUAUCAAAACUAAGAGCUAUAGAUUAAACCAAGAAGCAUGAGUCAUUUUUGCUCUGCACAAAACGUAUGAAUAUACAGUUGCAGAUUGGAAUGGUUGCUGAGCCUUGCAGUGAGAUUUGGAUACUUUUGACUAUUAAGAAUUACUGUUGCUUGAAAAAGCAAUCUUUUUAAAGUUUACUCGCAUCAUAUAGAGAGAAUGACUAACAGGGACCUAAAAUGCGUUUUACACUUGUGAUUGAACAGAGUGCUUGUUGCAGAUACUGUAUAGGAAGAUAAGAGACCUUGGGUACAAUUGUAUUUUAGAACUCUGAUCAGUUAUUCAUUGAGCAUCUAUUCACCCGAUCAGUGAGUGCUGGCAAGUAGUUAAAAGAAAAAGAAUUCCUGUUGUUCCAUUAUUAGCCAUCAGUAGAGCUCUGCUAUUGCUUCACAGACCCGCCUUUUGUUAUCUUUUGUCUCAUUAGUCUGCUUCUGACUGUUUUUUUAUUGGACAAAAUUUUCUAAACUGAGCUUUAGAUUGCACGAAAUGGAAAAUGUUCUGUUCUUCCAGUUUUGAUCUUCUGUGUACAGUUGACAAGCAGGAAGCAGAUUGAACCAACGUGCAUUUUGUUUGCACUCAGGCUCAGGCUGUUUUAAAAUAGAGCAAAAGUAGCCUGAGCAGCUUUUAUCCUUGACACAUCAUUUAAGGUUAGCUGCUUCCUAUUUUUUUGCAUGUUUAUAUACAAGUGGUGGUGCCUUUAUAUAAAUGCUUGCUGCUUGUUGUGGGAUACAGCAGAUGCAGGAAAAGUCCAUGGAGCCAAAGCAUAUAAUUUUAGUAUGAACCAUUGACUUGCUGACACUUAGAUUUCACCCAUGUGCCACAGAGUUUGUGUUGGGAAUUACCAAGUGCCACAUGGUAGCCAUUUCGGCACCAUUUUCAGUUCUUGCAUUUUCCACAUUCAGAUUGGCCACAACUAACAAUAACACCAGUACAGUGGUGCCUCGGGUUACGUACCUGAUUCGUUCCGGGGUGCGGUACGUAACCCGAAAAGUACAUAACCCAAACAACCACGGAAGCGCGCUUCUGCGCAUGCGCAAACUGCGCAGAACACUUCUGCACAUGCGCACGCGGCGAACCCGGAAGUAAACGCUUCCGGGUCCGCCAAGUACGUAUCCCGAAAAGUACGCAACCCGAAGCAUACGCAACCCGAGGUACGACUGUACAAGUUUUCUGACUCGGUAAUCUCCCCAUAAGUGAAACUCUUUCUCUUUCUCCCCCUUCCUCUUCCCUUAGUGCUGUGUGGUGAAUUGGAUAUUUUGGGGGACUUGGCUCCACUGAGUGAGAGGGUUCUAGAUGGCUUGUUGUUUGGGCGUAAGAAGCUGACACAGGACUGGUUAUGGCCAAAAAGAAUUGGCUGGAGCUUUGAGGGUCGGGUCUGGUCUGGUGUCCAAGUAGUGCUUGGGGUCUGGGGUGCCCCAUGAUUUCUUCAUUUAGAUCUUGAAGGUCAGGCUAGGUAGUUGGGAGGGAGGGUGAGUCCUCAUUUAAAACACCUGGUUUCUUUGUCAACAGCCCCCAUUUGCUAUGGAAUCCUUUUUCAAAAGGCACUUCAGGAAGAAGCCUGCAGCACUAGGGCCCCGACGCACCAGUGUGGUGGCCCUGCCAGCCAGCAAAGCAAGGCGGCGCUCUGUGGUGGGCCAGCCCUCUGCCACCCUAGCGCAACACCGCCGCAAAUCCUGCUCUCAGCUGCACGGGCUGUCUUGCUUGGGCUCCCGGCACAAACACAGGGCGAGUUCCAGCAGGAGGCGAUCCAGCACCACGACCCCUCGCCUGAGUCCUCGGUUUUCCGUCCAGAAGAAGCGCGGGGGGCGAGUACACACCAUAGAUACUCAUCUCAUAGGGCCCUCCUUGCUGCUGGCCAGCCUCAUCCAGGUGUAUGAGGCGGAAGAAAGGAGGCAGUCGCCUUGCACUGAGAGCUCCAGCUCAGAGUCCCCCAAGGAGGGGCUUGAGGAGAGCGACUGGAGUGAGGAAGCUGCCUCUUCAGGCUCUGAAGGGUCUGGCCUGAGAACAGAGCAGGAGAGGAAAGAGCUGCAAGCCGAGCUUUCGCGGUGUCCCGGUCCUGCCACACAGCACCCUGCCGACCUGAGGUUUCUCCUGCGAGACCCUCAUUACUUGCGCCGCAGGUCCUCCCACCUCCUCCCAGCAGAGUUUGUGCACAGCAGAGCAGCCUACGGGCUACAAGGCAGCUACAGAUGCUUGAGCCAGAGGCGGCGCUCAAGUGAAACCCUCAAGCCAGGUGCUUUGCUCCAGUCAUGCAGGACGCGAAGGGCUGCCAGGAGGUGGAAGGUUCCUCUUGGGACCAGUUGGCUGGCGUUGACUACCCAUAAAUGCCUUGGAAUGGAUCCUGUCUACAAUGGCUGCGGCAGCAACUCCCCUGAAGGUUGCAGAGCCCUACUGCCAAAAGCUAUUGCCAAGUCUGGUCUCCAGCACCUGGUAGCCCAGCCAACCCCCCCACUAGCCCUGAGAAGCGAUUCAGACAGGGAGAUCCGCAGUACUGUCGACUGGGGCGAGGCUGCAGUUUACGGGGAGCACAUUUGGUUUGAAACCAAUGUCUCUGGGGACUUCUGCUAUGUGGGGGAACAAAACUGUGUUGCAAAAAUGCUGCAAAAACCUCUCUCCAAGCGCAAGUGUGCUGCCUGCAAGAUUGUAGUCCACACGCCCUGCAUAGAACAGCUAGAGAAAAUAAAUUUCCGAUGCAAGCCUUCCUUCAGGGAAUCUGGAUCAAGAAAUGUCCGAGAGCCUACAGUUGUGCGGCAUCAUUGGGUACACCGGAGACGUCAGGAAGGGAAAUGUCGACAGUGUGGAAAGGGUUUCCAGCAAAAAUUUGCCUUUCACAGCAAGGAGAUUGUAGCCAUCAGCUGUUCCUGGUGUAAGCAAGCAUAUCACAGUAAAGUUUCAUGCUUCAUGCUGCAGCACAUUGAGGAGCCCUGCUCACUAGGGGCACAUGCCGCUGUUGUCAUCCCCCCCACUUGGAUCCUACGGGUCCGGCAUCCACAAAACCCGCUAAAGUCAAGUAAGAAGAAAAAGAGGACAUCGUUCAGGAGGAAAUCCAGCAAGAAGGGUCCUGAGGAAGGGCGAUGGAAACCCUUCGUCAUCAAGCCUGUCCCAGCACCUCUCAUGAAGCCGCUGCUUGUGUUUGUGAACCCCAAAAGUGGUGGGAAUCAGGGAACAAAAAUUAUCCAGUCAUUUAUGUGGUACCUCAACCCUCGACAAGUUUUUGAUCUCAGCCAGGGAGGCCCCAAAGAAGCGUUGGAGAUGUAUCGCAAAGUGCACAACCUACGAAUUCUGGCAUGUGGGGGAGAUGGUACGGUGGGGUGGAUCCUCUCCAUCUUGGACCAGUUGCGCCUGAACCCUCCACCGCCUGUAGCCAUUCUUCCCCUGGGGACCGGAAAUGACCUGGCAAGGACGUUGAACUGGGGUGGGGGUUACACGGAUGAGCCCUUGUCAAAGAUCCUGUCGCAUGUAGAAGAGGGGGAGAUUGUGCAGCUGGACCGCUGGAGUCUGCAGGUGGAGCCAAAUCCCGAGGCAAACGCUGAAGAGAAGGAUGAGACGGCGGCAGACAAGCUCCCUCUUGAUGUCUUCAACAAUUAUUUCAGCCUUGGUUUUGAUGCCCGGGUGACACUGGAAUUCCACGAGUCCCGAGAGGCCAAUCCAGAGAAAUUUAACAGCCGAUUUCGGAAUAAAAUGUUCUAUGCUGGGACUGCAUUUUCCGAUUUCCUCAUGGGGAGCUCCAGAGACUUAGCGAAACACAUCAAAGUGGUGUGUGAUGGGACAGACCUGACCCCCAAAAUCCAAGAUCUGAAGCCACAAUGCCUCGUCUUCCUAAACAUUCCAAGGUACUGCGCAGGCACCAUGCCUUGGGGCAACCCCGGGGAGCACCAUGACUUUGAACCCCAGCGCCAUGAUGACGGCUGCCUUGAGGUCAUCGGCUUCACCAUGACAUCCCUGGCAGCGCUGCAGGUGGGCGGCCACGGAGAGCGGUUGCACCAGUGCCGGGAGGUGCUGUUGACCACGUCCAAGGCCAUCCCCAUGCAAGUGGACGGAGAGCCCUGCAAGCUGGGGGCUUCCUGCAUUCGCAUAUCCCUGCGCAACCAGGCCAACAUGGUGCAGAAGACCAAGAGGCGCAACUCCAUGCCUCUGCUUAAUGAUCAGCAGCCCAUUCCAGAACGGCUAAGAAUCCGCGUAAGCCGAAUUGGCAUGCAUGACUACGAAGCACUUCACUACGACAAGGAGAAGCUCAAGGAGGCCUCUGUGCCCUUGGGAAUUAUCGUUGUGCCAGGAGACAGUGACUUGGAGACUUGCCGGACCCACAUUGAGAGGCUUCAGGAGGAAGGAGACGGAGCCAAACCAAAGACAUUGUCAUGCCAGAAACUAUCCCCCAAGUGGUGCUUCCUAGACUCAACUACAGCCGAUCGGUUUUACAGAAUAGACCGUGCGCAGGAACAUCUCAAUUAUGUGACGGAGAUCUCUCAGGAUGAGCUUUUUGUGUUGGACCCAGAGCUGGUGCGCACCCAGACAGUGGGCACAUCUCCUGCCAUGCCUGACCUUGUUGAUGUGCCCUCAACACCGAUAAGGCAAAAUGUUGCUCUCCCAGGUUCACCAACAUCCACACCAGUCUCCAGCUCAGAAAUGGGGAGCUGCAAUUCCCUCAAAGAUGAUGCUUUGAUAGAUGCUGCCAAGAAUAACGAUUUCCACAAGUUCAAAGAACUGCACAAGGCUGGAAGGGAUUUGAUGAUGCGCGAUCAGACAGGCCAAACUGUUCUACAUCAUGCCGUCAAAUCAGGGAGCAAGGAGAUUGUCAAAUACAUAAUUGAAAAUGCUCCUGUAGAGAUCCUGGAUGUCGCAGAAGAAGAAAACGGUGAGACCAGUUUGCACCAGGCUGCAGCCCUCCGUCAGCGUACCAUCUGCCAUUACAUUGUGGAGGCUGGAGCUUCACUGAUGAAAACUGAUCUGCAGGGAGACACACCCAAGCACAGAGCCGAGAAGGCAAAUGACCCUGACCUGGCUGCCUACCUCGAAAACCGUCAGCACUACCAGAUGAUCCAGCGGGAGGACCAGGAGACAGCCGUGUAGUGCUCAGAGCAUGCCUUAUCCCUGCCUUGGGGAACAGGAGUAGAGUGGCACAGGAGCCUGGCCAGCCUUUCCUUGAAUAUCCAGCAUGGAGAGUACUGGGGGCUUUGUUUGGGCUUGGCCAUGGCACUGUUAUUUGUGUAGUGGGUGUUGAGCAGCGCUGACUCCACAUUCCCCACCACCACAUUCCAUGGAUGGGCUCUGCUGCCUAAUGCUCCCUUCCUGUCUGCCUCCAGCUCCUACAGAGGGCCCUGCUGCUCCCUUGAAGCACUGGGAAGGAAGACCUUGGUCUCUUCCGACCAUUGUCGGAGCCCCUCUUGGGGUGCCCUGCCACCUGGCAUGCGAGGUCUCCAAGGGGCAGAGUUCCUCCUGUUUUAGAGUGCCCACACUUUCUCCAGCAACGGGUCCUGCCUUUCUCAAUAGUGUGACCAAGAGCUGCGCCCAUUGCCCUGGUGAUAAUACCCUGUUACUGGAAAGUUGCUGCCACAGUUCUUGAGACGAGGCAGAACAUAGGGAUGGAAAUGCUGGCGGUGUAUUGCACCCCUGUCUGUGCCAUCCACACACCACUGGGUUCCGUUGCUGGUGUGAACCUUGGGUGGCAGCCGCAGUGGCAAGCAGCCAGACUACUCACAAAAAUAGUCAUGGGCCAGUCUUGCAGCCUCAGCACAACGUAUCCUCCCCUGCUGCCCUUUCCCCACUCCCCUUGCCCUUUAGCCCUGUAAGGGGUGCCUAUGUAACAGGAUGAAAGUGCCUGGUAUGUCCAGGGAGGACCACACCACAGGCAUUCAUCUCUCCUUGCUCCAAGCUGACUUUUGAGUCUGCUGCACUAGAAAUUUUGAAGAAGAAGAAAGUGCCUCCUUCCAAUCUUUCCUACUUUUUUGUUUGGUUGGGGGGAUUUUUUUGCCUCCAUUCUUACAUGCUGCUUUCUCUCUCCCUUUUACAUUCCGUGAUGGAGGAGAUAGCAACAUGUUGUGAAUGUGUGUGGAACGUGUUAAGGUUUGCUGAGAGGGGCGCUCAAAGCCCACCCUGAAUUGGCCAUCAGCUCUUAUCACCAGUAGGAACUAAGGGCUUUUGCUAUAGGGUUCCCUUUUCAGUAUAGGGCGAUAGCCGUAACUAUAUCAUACAUUGCAGUAUAGAGAAGCGAGUGCAUCAGCCAGUGGUAAUAGCACACUAUCCAUUUGUCGAGGGACCAGUCCCUAGUGGUAAGGGAUGGAACUGUCCCCCUCCCCAGUUCCUUUUCUGAACAAGAAUAGUCUUCACAAUUUAUUCCUUGAUCCAGCCUAGGCAUACACAUGCACACCUUCAACUUCCCCUGCAGUCCCACUGCCAAGACUUACCCUGAAUUAUUGUAGUUUGGUAUCCAUACCCUUCAUGGUAUUCAGGAAUCUUCAGCACUAUUGCAAGCUGAUCUGGGUUUUUUACCCCAAACAAUUUAUUUAUCCAGGUCUCUCCAGCAUAUCUAUCUAUAUGCACAAAAAGGCAGUCACCUAAUGUUGAAGGAACUCAUUCCUCAACAUGCUCUGGCAAUGGAUACUGGGAGUCUUGCUUCCAGCCUUGUGGUUUCUCCAGAGUCUUCUGGAUCAGUUGCAUUUAACCAGUUGCAUGUCUCUAGCUGCAAUAAAGCUAAUUUGUCAUCUGUGAAAUACAUUGAGCAGGUAGCCAGGAGUGGGAGCAAGAACAACAGAGACACCCAGCGGACUUUUAGUAGGGCAGUUUGCAAUCCUAUAAACGCAGUCCUGUCAGAAGGUUAGGGAGCUGAGAGCUCUGCUUAGUCUAAGGAAAAGCAGGCUAGCAGUGGAUAAAAUUUGUUUCAUGUAAGUUUAAAUCUCCAGUUUCCAGCAAGAACACUUAGCCUCAGUGAGGCUGCAAGCUGUGUUCUGAAACAGUUUAGAAGACUAAUGGUUUUCUAUGGGAUAAUGACAACAUUGGAAGGCAGGAGAGCACUGAGCAAUAGGGGUUUGCAAACGAAGCAUUUGCUCAGUGUCUCUCUCCCCUUCUCUUUUUUUGCAUUGGUGCAUCUUAAGAGGGCAUAAGAGUCAUGGACAAGCUGGUGGGUAAAGGAAGUCUGCACACAAACCUAAUCUUUGUUUACUAUAGAUGCAAGGGGUUUGAAUUUGGGGGGAAAGAACUGCAAAGGCCUUUUAUGUUUCGGAAGACUCAGGAAGGUGAGGAGCUUGCUACGUCUCUCCAGCUAUCCUCUGUUAGGAAAUAACUUGCAUCUGCCUGGAAAACUAUCCUCCUCCAAGACUGACUUUCCUAACUUUCUGUACCUCAUGCUCCUAUCUAUGAUUAGAAGCAUUGGCAAUCCUCAACAGCUCCUGAGACUUCAGAACAUGCCUGUAUGUCUGUUUGAAUCCACCUUCCCAUCUAGAUGUGGCCACACCCAAACACAGCACUCUGGGCCCAGUUCCCAGGUGAACCGUGGACUUGGCCUAAACCAGAUACUCUUACAUCUGUGGCACACACUAUAUUUCCCUGCCUUCCUCUCCAGAGCUAUGGCAAAACACCCAAGACACUUCUGGCAAUUAGUGCCAGGGUGCAGCCAUGCUUCCUGCCUGGAUCAGCCGUGUCUUUUGGCCAAGCCAGUAAUGGAUCUUGCAGGUGAGGUGGAAGAGAAGUGUGACACCGCAGAAAGUCACACAGGGCCCUCCCCCCUCCAAGCUACGUCAGGGCUCAUGCUUUGGUCGUCUUAAAUUGUGAAAAGUGGUCUUCUAUAGCUGGAUGUACAGGAGAGCCCCCUGGAAGCAUUCAUAUCCCACAAGCCUGCCGUCUCCUUCUCUCCUUUUAUAUGUAUUCUUAAACUUUGUACAGGUAGUUCCAAAGCACACUGUUCCCCCCGUUUCCUCUGUAUGUGUGUUUGUGCACGCGUGCGUGUCCUAAGCCGAGUUGCUGUGCAAUUCAAAUCUUGGCUUGUUUUACUUCCAAGGGGGAGGAAUGUGUUUGAGGGUGGAUCUUCUUUUUUUCCUCCCCUGUGCAAUACCUACUUCCUGUCUCCUAGAUUCAGACUAUUAGGACACUUUUGAUGGACUGUAUUAUUAUUAUUUUUGUAACUGUAUUGGAAGCGUGUGCUUCCGUUGGCUUUUCUCUGACAGUUUAAAUGUUUUGUUGGGUUUUGCCAUUAAAAUAUAAGGAUGAACAUUUUA